UCGUGAGCCCGCCCCGUCCUUACGUCUGUCUCUCACUUUUCCUUGUGCUGAUGAUGGCAAAAGACGUCUUCUUUCGGUGGAAUGAUCACUUGUGCGGCUCGAUUGAGGCCAGUGACGAGGCGGUGCGCAUCUACCCCCGAGGACGGCGCUUGGCGCGCAGUUGCGCUCUCUGGUCGUCCGUCAUUUGUGCACAAAUCGACGACCAUUUCGGGGUGAGUGGGGAGAAGAGUAGAGAGCAAGAAGAGGAGGAUGGAGAAAGAGUGGUUGGUGGUAGGCAGUGGAGUCGGGUGGGCGGGAAUGACAAAGUAGGGGAAAACGGAGUUGAUGAAGUUGAAGUGUUAAGAGGGGGGUUUGUAGGAAUAGAACGGAGCCACACAGAGGAGGAAGAGGAGGAGGAGGAGGAGGAGGAGGAGGAGGAGAGGAGGAUGAAAGAGAGGAGGGUGCAAGGGAAAGAACGAAGGGAGGAGAGGGAGGAAAGGGAGGAGGAGGAGGAGGAGGAGGAGGAGGAGGAGGGAAGAGAGGGUGGAAGGGGGAGAAAGAAGGGAAGAGAGGGAGGAAAGGGAGGAAGAGGCGGUGGCGGCGGCGGAGGAGGAUUGAGAACAACGAUGAUGGAGUUGACGUCAUCUUCGGAUGAUGAGGAGCGAGAGGUAGAUCUCGCGCGAUUCGUCGAAGAGGAAUGUGAUGGUGAUGGCCGAGGUGGGGGAGCAGCGGACGAGAGAGGAGCAGGAGGAGGAGGGGGUGGAUGCGGGGGUGGGCAGGGAUGGAUCUUCCGUGAUACUCUGGAACGUCGAGUUCGGGGACAUGGGAUUAUGUACCCGGAAAGGGAAGACCCGUGGGCGGUGGAAGUGCGUGGGGAAGACCUCAGCCGACUUAAUCCUGAUCAAUACCUGAACGACACAAUCAUCGACUUCUACAUGAGGUACAUCCAACGGCAAGAGGACAUAUCACGUGAAGAUCUGGACAGGUGUCAUUUCUUCAAUAGCUUCUUUUUCAAGAAGUUAUCCCAGUCGCUUACAGCGCAAAAGAGGAGCAAAAGAGGGGGAAGGGGUCGUCGAGGAGGGGGUGGGGGGGCGGGAGGGGGAGGGGGAGGGGGAGGGGAAGGCGGAGGAGGAGCAGGAGGGGGGGGAGGAAAUGUCGGCGGGGGAGCAGCAGGGGCUGGCUGCGCAGGAGGGGCUGCAGGAGCAGGAGUAGGAGGUAAUCAGAAGAAGAGGGAGGAUGACGUGUACAAGAUGUGGAAAUGGACUAAAGGAGUUGAUCUUUUCGCUAAGGAUUUCGUCUUUGUGCCCAUCCACGACCAACUGCAUUGGAGUUUAGCGAUUAUCUGCUGGCCAGGGCAGAUGGACCUGACCUUCGUCUUGCACUUGGACUCGUUGAAGUCCUCCGGUCACAAGACUCAGACCGUCAAAAGGGCCUUGACGUACUAUCUAGCCAAGGAAUGGAGCCGAAAGUUGAUGAUGGGCAUGCUAGCAGGCGAUGGCGGAGGAGGAGGAGGAGGAGGAGGAGGGGAAGUUGGAGGAAGCGCUAGGCCGUCUGCCGCCGGCGGAAGCAUCAACACGAGCGCGCGUCGUCGGUGUGACAUAAAGUGCAAGCGACUUUCCGUACCUCAACAGGAGAACGACUCCGACUGCGGACUCUUUCUUCUUCACUACUUGGAAACUUUUGUGAGAGAUCUGCCGAAGAGGUUCACCAUCGAGACUGCGGAGACAGCGAUGGGAUCGGGAUGGUUUCGGCCAGAGGAGGCGUCGGCGCUGCGUCGUCGCAUAAGAGAAUUGAUCCUUGGUCUCUUCAGUGAUGCCAACAUACCGCUGCCGAUUUCACCAUUGUCAGGUCCUCCUCCUCCUGCUGCUCCUCACCCUCUUUCUCCGCCGCCUUCGUGUUCUCCGACUUCUUGUCGGGAUGUCAACCUGGUGACCACUCCCGAGGAGGGAGAUGAGGGAGGACAGAAUGAUGAGGAUGGGGAUGUCGACGGGGAGGAGGACGAUAGCUCCGACGUUGUGGAGACGGUCAUGGCUCCCCAGCGCCGUCGAUUGCCAGCAGCACCUCCUCCUCCUCCUCCUCCUCCUCCUCCUCCUCCUGCUGCUGCUGCUGCUGGGAUUACCUCGCCCACCGCCGGUACUUCCUCUCGUGCUCCCACUCCGGGGGGAGGCGCAGGUGGUGUUGCGCGCAGCAGAUCGGAGAGAAGGAGCCUUGCGCACAGGGAGUUCGGCGGAGGGGGCGCAGAAAUGGAGGUGGGAGAGAGAAAGGUUGAAAGCUUGCCAGCUAUGCCGAUGCCCCCCUGCAGCGGGGCGCUCAUUCGCCCAUCUAGAGGAGCGGAAGGACCAGCAACCCGUGGUCAGGAGAUGCCCACCACCCCCAUGUCUGCCAAUUCAAACUGUUUCACCGCGCUGAACGCGAACGGGGGAGAGGUCGAUGGGGUUCUUCGUGGUGAUCGGAGAAGACAGCGUCAGCAGCAGCAGCAGCAGCAACAUGAGCUGCUGCUGAUACAGGAGAGAGAGGUGGGGAGGGAGGGGAAAGAGGAAGAGGGGGGCUGUGCUGUAGUACAGGCGUGCACUAAGGGCACACCGUCGUCAUCGAGAAAGAGGACAAGAGGAAAGUCGAGGAAGUCGAGGCCGGCGGCCGUCAGAGCGUCGUGCGGGGGGAUUAUGCCCGCAGGAGAGCAAGGGUAUAGUCGAGAGGAGGAGGUGGAAGAGGUGGGGGAGGAGGAAGAGGAGGUAAGGCAGGAAGGCAAGGAGGAGGGGGUGGUCUCGGAAGUUGUUCAUCGUCAUCAGGAGGGAAUGGACGGGCAGGAGGGAAGGGGGGGGGGAGGGGGAGGGGGAGUAGGCGGAGUAGGCGGCGGAAGAGGUGCCGGCGGAUUGGGAAAGCUCAGGCGGGAAGGAAAGGGCAGAGCGCCGAGGGGUGGCGGUAAAAGGCGGGGUGAAGUGUGGCAGCAAAUUGGAACCAACAAGAGACCUAAGAAGAGGGCUAGACGAGAGCAGCAUCAGGAUCAGCAGCAUCCUCAUCAUCAGCGUCGGACCUGUCAGCAGGCGCAGCUCACGGAGAAUGGCAAUCUGUAUCUGAGAAAAGCAGCGGCAGCCAUUCUUGAUGAUGAAGAGGAGGGGAGGCGGCGGCUUAAGGACCUAAGAGAGAUCGAACGGAUGGACGAAGAGAGAAGGGCAGCAUUCGAGGUCGAGAGCGAGGUCAGCAAUGAGGAGGAGGGGGAGGAGGAGGAGGAGGAGGAGGAGGAGGAGGAGGAAGAAGAAGAAGAAGAAGAAGAAGAAGAAGAAGAAGAAGAAGAAGAAGAAGAAGAGGAACAAGGAGAGGAGGACGAAGAAGAAGUGGAGUUAGUCGAGGAGGUAGAGGAGGUGAAGUUGGUGGGGGAGAGGAGGCGACGGCAGCGACGCGUUCUUGCCAAGGACAAGAGAGUCCAGAUCGCGACCCACGACGAUGGGAUGGGAGCUCGGCGGGAAGACUCUGGUCGCGCGAUGUCCGAUCGCCUAGGCAUGGAGGGAGACAGAGCGGCGCCGGUGGUCAAAGCAAGAAGAAUGGAACAUCAUCUUCAGAGGCAUUGUGACAUCGAUCUUGUCGGAGACGAUGCCAAGAGCGGGAGAAAUUCCGCCGAAGAGGAGGAAGUCAAUCUAGUAGUCAACGAUGGCGAUGGAGGCUACGGGGCAAAAGGGGCGGGGGGGGGGAGUCUAAUGGCCAUCCGGGCGCCGAGCAGCGGGAGCAGGAGGGGGGCUGGGCGACGUGCGGAGGAGAGGGAAAGAAAGGCCAAAGAGAAACCGAGCCCGCUAUCUCGGCCUGCGGAGGAAGGUGUGGUUACGAAGAUAGGGAGUCGGAGUGGUAGAGUCGUAGCGAUGGAUUGUUGUUGGGAGAUUAGGGGAGAGGAAGGGGGAGGGGAGGAGGAGGAGGAGGAGGCUCCAGGGGGAAGAGGAAAGGAAAAGAGAGAACUUCGGGGAACUUGCGCGGCUGCUAGUGGGCGGGGCAUGCUGUUACGCAGACCGCACCUGUCCUUCCCGGUGACUGUGGGCGGGGGGGGAGUGUUGUCGGAGAAGGAGGUGAUUGUGGUGGAGGGGGGAGGUGGGCGAACCCACAGCAGUUGUGCCACGGCCUCCGGUAUGCGCUAUGUCGACUUGGCCAUAGACGGCGAUGUCGGCGAUGUCGGCGAUGUGUCGUCCCGAGCGAUGGCGAGUCGCGCGCAUGACGGGGGAAGCGUAGGAGAAAGGGAGGGAGACGCUGUCGCUGUGGCCUCCGUAGAGACAUGGGGAGGCGGGGAGAGUGCAACAAGGUGGUUGGCAGGGUCCGGCGGUUAUCAAGCAUAUCCGUCAAGGAGCAGGUCAACGACGACGAAGAGAUUGGAUAUGGCUGCUGCACAAGAAAGGGAAAGGGGUUCUGCUAUGGAGGUGAAGAGCGGGGGAGCUGCGGCAAAGAGAAGGGCGAUGGUGGACGCGAGGGAGAUGACAGCGGGAGGGAUGGAAGAUGACCACCGCUCAACGCUCGACAAGGCGAGGGUUGGGAAGAAACGGCGCUUGGUUUCGAUGGGGCUAGACAUGGCGGAGGGGAGAAGAGCUGAAGAAGGGGGGAUCCAAGAGGAGGAGGAGGAGGAGUCCAUGGCUGUGGGAGCGCAGAAUCCGCGUGGGAAGAGCUUGGUUCUCAUGACGAAGGAAGAGAGCAGCAGCAGGGCGGCGGACGGUCACCCCCCGCCCUGUUAUGGGCAUAGUAACGAGACUGACGAGGGUGUGGUGGGUAAAGAGGGCAACCUGAUCGUCCGACUGAAGCUUACAGGACAUCGAAAGAGAGGAGGGGGAGGAGAAGGAGGAGGGAGGGACAGAAAGCACGUGCAACAACAAGAGGAGCAAGAGGACUUGACAACGGAUGAAGGGUGUAUGGUUGCUGCUGCUGGUAGGAGUGGUGCUGGACGAGAGGGGGUGGGGGCCAUUACCGGCAGUGAGCUGGGGGGGGAGGAGGUACAGUUAGACCAGCGUGAUCAUCCUGCAGGCCGUGCCGGUCAUGACACCGGAGUUGGGCUUGCUUGGGUCGCCCGCCAGUGCCACUCUGAAGGGGUAGGAGGAGGAGGAGGAGGAGGGGUAGGGGACGAGAGUGGUGUGACACCUUCGAGGAAGGACGCGGAGCGAUGGCUGGCCAAUACCUCGGGGAGGGGAGGCAAAGGGAAAGGGUCCUGCCAUGAAGACCUCGGACGUAGCGAUGUCGCCGCCCGAGGAUUGUCGAGACAGAGUGCCCGCGCAAAGGAGAGAGAGAGGAGCAGCGUCGUAGUAGAUGUGGCCGCUCUUGCCACCCUCGGCAGUGCCGACAGAACUGCGGCUAUGGAUUCCAGGAGAGCGAAAGGAGAGAGCGUGAUGAGUGAAGGAGGGGAGGGGAGAAGGGGAGGAGAUAAGGUGGUUGGCAGGGGGGGGGGAACUGAUGGCGGGAACGAGGAUGCGGAGAAAGAUGAGCAGCAGCAGCAGCCUGGCGAGGAGGCGGAGCCAAUGAAAGUGAGGAUAUUCAAGUCGGGAGGAGUGUGGAAGCUUGAUCGUAACCGUGGAAAGGGAAACGCGGGGGAGAUGGUAGGGUCUGAAAUCAGCGGUCUGGGUGGAGGAAAGGGAGGGGGGGGGGAGUCCAAUGAGCGGGAAGAUAAGGAAGGAACGGCUGGAGAUGGCGGAUCCAUGGACCUGCGCUCACGGGACUCGCUCGUCGGCGGGAAUGUGCUUGGUUCUUCUGCGGCCGUCGAAGGGAAGUGGGAGAAUGAUGAGAGCGAGGUGGUGAAAACCACCACAUCCUCAUCACAGAUUGUGUCUGUCCGUCUUCCUCAGCGGUUGGAAGAAGGGUCGGGAGAGACGUCACGCAGGAGCAGCAGAUCGGUGGUCGUGGACGAUGAUGAGACGCCAAAGAGGAGCGAAGGGGGUGGGGAGGUAAUGCUUCUCACCCCGGCGAGAAAAGAGGCCUCGGGCUUGACUCACGGAGGGGUGAGGGGCAAGCGAAAAGAGGGGGUGGAAUCGGUGGUCGAAGAAGGAGGAGGAGGGGGAGGGGGAGGAGGAUUAGCGGGAAAGGAAUCGCGGGAGAGACGGGGUGCUCAGCAUCUGUUUGGCGGCGUGGACAAGAAGAAGAAGGGGAUAAGAAGGGAGGCACGAGGCGAAACUUCCCUCCCUUCUUCUCCCAUCCAGGGAGAUGUGGGGUUUUUGACGGAUCUCGCUGGAGACGAGGGCCGUGCGGAAGAAGAUGGGGUUGGCAUGACGCUCCCGGUGAUGCCUUUCUCUCUGUGCUUGGAGGAUGAUGGAGCCGACGUGGCACGGGGCGAGGAAACGGGACUGUCUACCCGCGUGGAUCUGAGUCUUGAGGAAGGGAGAGAGCAUAGGAGUGUGGAGGAGGUUCCGGUGGGUGCAACUGAAGAAGCGAUGGUGGUGGGAUCCCCCGCCCUUUUCCCAACGACUUACGGCCGCUCAGAGGGACGAGACCUGGUGGUGGGCCCGCGUUAUGGAGAGGGAGUGUCAGCGGGGGAGGGACAGGCGCAGGGAGUGUCAGCCUGGAUGGAGGUAUCCUGGGAAGAAGCUUUCGCCGAUCGAAGUGACAUGGAGGGACAUGGUAGAGAGAAGGGGGGCGAGGAUGAGGAAGGACGAAGGGCCGAUGAAGAUGAUCGCCGGCAGCGGCAGAAGUGUGCGGAGGUAAUGGACGUGGCAGACACGGAUGGUUUGCAGUUAGCGGACUUGUUUAGCAGUGACGGGUAUGGCUGUGGCGAUGUCGGGAAAAAAGACUUGAUAACCAGUGGCGUGGAGAAGGAUGACGGAGUGGACAAGAAGCGAGAAGAAAAGCCGCAGUCUACCGAGGGUCAAUUGCAAGACACGAAGAUGGAGGAACCACGAGGAGAGGGAGAGGAGAAGGAGGAGGGGGAGGAGGUGAGACGUGGAUAUGGGCUUGUAGAGACUGACCCAACAACAACAAGUGGACGACAUUCACCUGAAGAUGUGGAACCGGAACAUAAAGGGCUGGAAGAAAGACCAAAAGGGGUAGCAGCAGCAGCAUCAGCAGCAGCAGAAGAAGAAGAAGAAGAAGCAGAAGGAGAAGAUGCAGAAGAAGCAGAAGAAGGAGAAGGAGCCGACGAUGGUGAAACAAAGAAGACAAGGGAGUCUGAUAACGGGGGAACGGGUGUGGGUAUGGAGCCAAAUGAAUCGGACGUUCGUGACGAGGAGGAGGGGGGGAAUGGUCUUCUUGCGUGUAAGGCAGUGGAGAGGGAGGAGGUUAUGGAGAAGGAUGGGCAAUCGUGGGACACUGCGAAAGUAAUUGACUUGGUAUCUGGCACGCCACGAAACGAGGCAUUUACAGGAAUAGCGGUGGGAAAAAUCCCUAGGAAAGAUCAGGCCAACUUAGGCGGUGUUCCCAAGGAGGAGGUAGAGGCGGGAGUAAUACCUGGAUGCUCUUCAGCUGCUAUAGCAGUGGGCAUUCUUUGCCCCGUUGCGGUGGAGGGGACCGAGGAAAUGCCGUCAAGGGUGUUUGUUGACGAGAAGACUAUUUCUGAUGGCAAGACGGCUCCUGGUGGGAAGACCCGUGGCCACUUGGCGGGAAAGCAGCUCUGUGAGAGGAAGGGAGCUGAAACAGAGAGGAGUGGCGGUGCGUGUGGCGGUGACCUGUUGGGCCGGAACGCACAGGAAUCUACUUCUGGUGGCGGUCUGCCAAGGCAUGAUGAUGACCAGCAUUUGAGAGAAGAGGAGGAGGCAGAGGGUGGAGAAUCGGCAAGGGAGGAAGGACCAAAUAUGGCCGAUGCAGCUCCACUGCGAUUAGAAUUGCAACCUGACGACGGAGAGCCUGGCAGAUUGAGUCCUGAUCCCUUGUGCAGCGAGCUAGAUGGUGGUGUUGUAGUCCCUGAAGCGGAAGAUCUCCAGUUGAGAGGAAGCCGACAGCAGCUGCAGGAGGAAAAGGAGACGGUGGAGGGCGAAUCUGCCCUAUGGGAAGGAGGGGGGAACCUAAGCACCUAUGCAUCACUUCGACUGGAACUGCAACCCGAAGAGAAGAGCCCAGCAUCGUAUGGGCGCUUGUUGAUGGGUGUCCACAAUCGUGAUUCUGAAGACAGAUCCGAGAACGACUCCCCAUUAGGAGGACGAUGUGAACCGAAGACUGGCGAACAAGCAGACGAGGAACGGGGUGGCCGAGAAAGUGAUAAGAUCCAUGCCUCUUCAUUGCCGUAUGGAGAGGCUCUACUUUCUGCGACGUAUCCCAGGAAUGUUGAUCCUGCUAGUGCAGGUGGAGACACUGACAGGGGCACGGAGAGGAAGGGCGCAGUGCCGGAUCUGUCCUCAGUCUCUGGAGAGGUGAGAAAGAGGCCAGCUGGUCGACAGGAUGAUGGUGAGAAACAGGGAUCAUCAUCAUCAUCUUCUUUACACACAUUGCAGUGCUUGUUUGAGAACAAGGUCGACGGUUCAACAUCACCUGAGGGUACCCCUACACAAGGAGCUGCCACAGGUUGCUUAUCGGUCAAGGACGAAUCGCUGUGUGUGCAGAAGGCAGAUGUGCUGGUGGUGUUUCCUGCUUCCCUGCAGAAGCCGAAGGAAGAAGCAGGAGUUGCAACGACAUCAGUCGUUAAGAACGACAGUAGAGAGAUGGUGGCGAUGGCGAUGGUCGAGGACGAUACUGCUGCAGAGGAGAAGGAAGCAGGAAAACAGCAGAGUAUUGUGGCCAUAGCGAAAGGGGAGCAGGAGGAAGGAAAACUGAUGGCAAUGAAGGAAGAAGGCAGCAUGGGUGGGGAACAAAAGAUGCACGGAGGAGGGACGGCGGUGACACUGUCAUCUGAAAAGUUGGACAAGGAGAAAGCAGAGAAGGAUGGCAGUCGGGUGGCCUUUGAGGAAGGAGUGGGGAUUUUCUGCACCAACAGCCAGCACGACUGCGGAGUAAGCGAGGAGGUUACCCAGACAGAUACGGAGAAAGAAGGGGCCAUACUCUUUGUUGAAAGGCAGAAGGACCAUGACAUAAGUGAGACGCCCACGAGUGGAAGCCAAGGAGUAGCGAAGAGUGUGGAUGAAGACAGACAGCCUCCCCAGACACAGAAGGAGAAAGAAGGGGGCAUUCUCUCUGUUGGAAGGCAGAAGGACCGUGACAGUAGUGAGACGCGAGCAAGCAGAAGUGGAGUAGCGAAGAGUGUGAAUGAAGACAGACGGGAAGGUGAUCCAUGCGUAACCGAUGCAGAGGCAAGAGCAACAGUUGGGAUAUUGCAUAGAGAGACAGCGGUGGGCACUGAGGGCCUUCCCCUCUCUCCCUCUCCAUCUCGUGAAGGAGAUAGGAGCACGUUGAUAUUGCAUAGAGAGACGGCGGUGGCCACUGAGAGCCUUCCCCUCUCCGCCUCUCCAUCUUGUGAAGUAGAUGUAGCUGGACGAAGGAGCACGCUGAGAUCUGGGCGGGGCACAGGAGGAGAAGCGGGUCCACAGUCACCCCAGCAACACGGUCGUGGGCACAGUGUCGAUCCAACUAAAUAUCUUGCAAGCACACAGAUUGAAAAUGUAGGAUCUCGUGACUUGGGCUCUGAAAAUGACAGAGGAAGAAUUGUUUCUGCCUCACUUCCUCCCCCUCCUCCACAAGGAAUCGAUAGCCUGGCAGUUGCAAUUGAUAUGCUCUCAUCAGACAAAAGGAAAACUCCUUGCUCCUCUCAGCUGGAAGGAGCCUCAGGAACCUUGCAGGAUCUCUCGAGCAGAGCACCCUGGAAGGUACCGCAGGAUGAUGAGACUACUGCUGGUCCAAAAACGUUGGAAGCAAUGAGCUCAAGUUGCAUUCAGAGGGAAGAAGCGCACACAAAGGUGGAAGAAGAAGGGGUUAUAAGUGGAAGCGGACAAGCAGGGCACAACUCAUCUGCAAUUUGCGGAUCCCGUGGGGACGCUGAGAUGGCAGAUGAAGAUGCCAGCAGACCACAUGCACAUGCCAAUGCAAAUGCUGGCAAUCCACCUGUGCGGGCCAAUUCUGUCAAAUCUAGUGCCGUUCUUGAUGGGGAGUGGCAUGUUGUUUGCGCUGCAGUUUCGACAUCAGACAGAAUGGCAGGUGUUGAUCGCCAGGUGUUCCAGGCCAAGGAAAGGCAGAGCGAGCUGCGCAUGCCUGGUUUGAAUCUUGAAAAGCGAGAAAAAAAGGAGGAGAUGGAGACGGGAAGGGCUCUGAGAAAUGGGGAUGCUCGUAGAGAACUGCGGAGUAAGGGGAGAAGAGUGAUCGACGAUGAUGGAGCAAUCAGCAAUACAGAGGUAAGGAUGAGAAGGUCGGGUGGGAGAGGGCGGGGAAGGGGUACAAAGAAGGUUGAGCUGCAGGAAACGUGGCAGCAGAGGUCAGCGAGCGUCCUGGAUGAACAGCCAGGAGCAUCACGUGCAGAGGCAAAGGACGAUGUUGGUGGGGUCAGAGAGCCAACUGCUCUGCCCCUAGAAAUCCCCAAUAAGGACGGGUUGGGAAGGGGUCACGGCAGAGGGAGAGGAAGGUUGCCAAAAAUGUCGAGACAGAAAGUAUCAGGGGAACAAGGCUUGCUAGGCGGCACGGUGAUUGAUGCGGCUGUGGGAGGGGCUCCAGCUGUGGGCAACAAACCGGAUGCUGGGCUGGGAGAACUGUCUGCAGCUCCCAGCCGAAAGGAGGCGAGUAGAGGGGGUCGGAGGGGAAGACAGAAAAGACAGAGGUUGGAGAAAGCGGACGAGAAGGGAGCGAUGGAGACAGAAUACACAGAGGAAGAGGUGGCUGGAAUGAAGAAAGCGGACGAGAAGGCAGCGAUGGAGACAGAAUACACAAAGGAAGGGGUGGCUGGAACAGAUACCACCUCAAAGAACGAAGAUGAAGUGAAAGAGACAAAACAAAGGGAGGGAGGAGAGGUGGUUGUGGUUUCUACCUCGAAGAACGCAAAGCAAGCUGGAGAGGCAGAAAAAAGGGAGGAUGGGAAGGCCGUGGUUCGUAGGUCGAAAGUGGCAGAAGAUGCAAGCACUGGCCUGGGGCGAGUGACCAGAGCAUCAAGGGCACUGUAUACAGAGGCCAAGUCUCGCAAUGAGAUUGGAGCAGAGCCCUCGGGCACAAAAGGGAAAUCAGUGCUGGGCGCAGGCGGCAGAGCAAGAAGAAGAGAUGCACACAAGGAUUCAGUUGGGAAGGAGGAUGACCCUGCGUCCAUAUCAGCGUUGCAGGGGACACCUGCGGAGGUGAAAGCAGAACCUGUGAACAGGUUGGAGGACGCCGCACUGAAGGAAGUGCCUGCAGAGCAACACUAUGGAAGCAGAGGGAGGGGAAGGGGGAGGGGUAGGGGGAGGGGCAGAGGGAGAAAACGACCACCACCACGACCUAAGGAAGUACCCAUGGUUGCUGGUGUGGUGAACACGGGAGUAGCAGGGCCUGCACCACAGCUUGGGGAGCCAGCAAAAAGUAUUGGUGCGGGAGGGAAGAUGGGGAGAGGGAGAGGUGGGAGGAGAGGGAAAAACCAGGGAGAAGUACUGCAGGAAGAGGCAAGGAUGGAGGACCCAUCUAGGGCUCUUGACACCAUGAUGCAAGAUGGUCAGGCGUUGACAGUCAACCAUCAAGAACAGGAGGCGGCUGCCAUGGAAACCCCAGCUGAUCGCUCUCCUACAGAUCCUACGGUGUUCGAUGAUGCCCAACGUGAAGGUGCACAAGGUAUGGUGGGCAUGCCACAGGUGGAGCCAGCCAAGUCUUCUCUAGUUCUUGCUGAGAGAGGAGAAGCAAGUCGAGGGCAGGAGGGCCUUCGAAUUUAUGAGAGGAAGCAGCAAAGACUGCGGCAGCAGCAGCAGCAGCAGCAACAGCAACUGCAUAAACAAUCAUCCCAGUGUCCUGAGAAGGAUGACAACUCCGGGGAGUAUGAAGUGUGCAUGACGGAACUUGGCAACAUGUGGGAGGAGGGAGGAGAAAGGAAGCUGCUCAACAUGCGGGAUAGAAGGGGUGCUGUGAGGAGCAGUAGCAGAGGUAAUACACACACAUGGCAGACCUAUCUUCAAACCCUCUUUGAGGCAGGUUCAGGUACUUUUGGUCGCGUUGUGCAGGAUUCCGGUGGGACGUCUCAGGGAUGGCGCCAUUUGGGUGAAAUGAAGAGAGAUUUGGGUGCAGUUAUUGUGUUUAGGAGGAGGAGCAAAAGAAGUAGAGGGGAAACCGUUGCCGGAAGUAACAGACAAAGCGAGCUUGAGCGGGGAGGAAAGACGGGACGCAUGAAACAGCCGAAGCGACAAAGGAGAAGCAGGGCACAAGAGGAGGCCAAAGGUGCAGUUAACCGGUUCUCGGCUCUGGCCCAGUCUGGUACAAAGCCUGACAUAGGGAGUAGCUUGAAGCAGAUUGACAGAUUGACUCAUGACUACUUGAAGGAGAAGAGCCUGCUUCUCCCGAGUGUGGCAACGAGUGAUCUUGUGACCAUGGAUGAGCGGGAGCUUUUGACAGCAGAGGAUAUGAUGGAAGUCUCCUUGCUGGAUUGGCCUGAAUAUAAUGCCUCCAGGGGCGCGGGAACUAGCGAGGGGGAUUUCUCAGUAUUGAAGAGAUGACAAAGCGCGAGUUAGGAUCAUCAGCUAUGUAGUAGCAUUAGGUUGGCGAGGGUGAUCACAGAUGUGAUACCGUGGGUAUGAAAUGCAGGUUGAAACUGACCGUUGUGCAUGGAAAAGCCACUGACCCGUAAGUCAUUUGUGCACGGCACCUGGAUUUCGGUUCAAGUUCACAGGGCGCUGAACACGUCUAUUCAGCUGUUUUUUUGGUCUUCUGAUGCCAGUCUGAGAGUGCUGCGACUCUCGACUGCCGACUCUCAACUGUAAAGCUGCAAUGAUGUUUUCAUUUCACAUUACGCACAGUCUCAUAC